UCCAGAGUGCAUUGUUGUUAUGAUGAACGAAGAAUGGCGGACGCUGUCAUAUUACGAUAUUUGUUCACAUUUUUAUUAAUAAAUUCUAGUAGCGGUUUACCAGGUCUUGUGGAAGAUUUGCAUUUGAAUUUGAAUGUGAAUGUGGACAGCUUGGAUGAUGACUCGUCACCAAUCACCGAGUCUACAGAAGUACAACAUGUGGAUGAACCUAUGUCCAUUGAUCAGAUGAUGGUGCAGCAGCCCAGGAUGAGAAAGUUUCGAAAAAGGUACAAAUGCCACCAGUGCGAGCACGAGGACUGCGACGAUGACGAAGAGCGCACGUGCUCGAACGCGCUGUACUGCUUCAAGGCGACGGUGCGAGCCGCAGACGGAGCCCUGCAGCACUCACGCGGCUGCACGCAGCGCUCCGACCACUACCAGUUCACGUGCCGCACCAACCACAACCAGGGUCCGCACAAGCGGCACGCCGGGCAGCUCCACAUAACGUGCUGCCGGGGCGACAUGUGCAACAACGGCAGCUUCCCCGCGCUGGCCGCCGCCAGUGUGGGGGGUGUGGGGGGUGCGGGGGGCGCGGCGGCGCAGCCCCUCCCCCCCGGGGGGUGGGGCCUGUGGGGCGGGGUGGUGGCGUCGGUGCUGGUCGUCGCCGCCAUCGGCUCCAUGGCCAUAUUCGUGCUCCGGCGCACCCACAGAUUGCGAGUAUCAAGAUCAACACAACACAAGCUGGGCAACGAGUCCAACUAUUUCUCAUACAGCCCACAGAUAACCAGCGCGUUCUAUGAAGGUGUAGGCGCAGAGGGAUCAGUGAGCGGAGUGCGUGCGGUGGCGGCAGGAGACUCCACGCUGCGGGAGUACCUCGAGACCUCGCAGACCAGCGGCUCGGGCUCCGGCCUCCCGCUCAUGGUGCAGAGGACGCUCGCCAAGCAGGUCACGCUCCUACACUGCGUCGGCAAGGGCCGGUACGGGGAGGUGUGGCGAGGCGCGUGGUGCGCGGACAGCGUGGCCGUCAGGAUAUACUUCUCACGAGACGAGGCGCGCUGGAGGCGGGAGACCGAGGUGUACAGCACCGCGCUCCUCAGGCACGACAACCUGCUGGCCUACGUGGGCAGCGACAUGACCAGCCGCGGCAGCUGCACGCAGCUAUGGUUGAUAACUCAUUUUCACCCGCUGGGGUCGUUGUACGAGCACUUGAAUAGGAACACGUUGACUCGCCACCAGAUGAUGGUGAUAUGUCUGUCCAUCAUCAAUGGACUGCUGCAUCUGCACACAGAGAUAUACGGCACGCAAGGCAAGCCGGCGAUAGCGCAUCGCGAUAUAAAGAGCAAAAACAUCCUGAUGAAGGUGAACGGCGAGUGCGCCAUCGCAGACCUUGGAUUGGCGGCCACGCGCCGCAAACUGCCCUCCAGGGACGACCCCCGCCAGGGCACCCCCCGGUACAUGAGCCCCGAGCUACUUGACGACAGCAUCGACCUGGAGUGCUUCGAGUCGCUGCUGAAGUGCGACGUGUACGCGCUGGCGCUGGUCGUGUGGGAGGUCACCCGGCGCACCGAGCCCGCGCGGGACUACCGCCCGCCCUACUACGACCUGCUCGCGCCCGACCCCCGCCCCCACCACGUGCGCAAGGUCGUCUGCGGGGGCGCCCGCCCCCACCCGCCGCACUCCCCGCACCCGACAAUGGUGGGUCUAGCAAAUCUAAUGCGCGAGUGUUGGCACCAGAACCCAUCGGUUCGCCUCCCGGCGUUGCGCAUAAAGAAGACUCUCCUCAAACUAGCCGCCUACGACAACUCCAUACACCUCGACGAUGACAACGAAGUCUCUGUGUAACACUGUAUGUAUAUAUGUAUUAUAUAGGACAUCUUAUUAAUUCACUUUUUUUUUAAUUUUAUU